AUGGACUUGUCGCCUGAGCUGCCCCCUGACAAGGCGUCACUCGGCGCCUUGCAUCUUUGCGCCAUUUGCCAGAAGCCGUUCUUGAACGAGUCUUCCUACACCAGGCAUGUUUUGUAUUGUCGCCGAACCAGGUCCAAGCAGCGUGCGCGUCUGAAAUCGUGCCAGGCUUGCAUCAAGUCAAAAAGAAAAUGCAGCGGGCAGCUCCCAUGCCAGCGAUGCGCAAACAAAGGGGCCGAAUGUCUCUAUACAACACCAACGCCAGGGAAUGUGGCCAUAGAAACAGCAGGUACUCCCGGCGAAACCAGUGACAGGGUGGCAGAGAGUAUAAGUGAUAGGAUCCAGUCGGCCAACGCUCUCAGCAAAGGCCAAGCCUCCACUGCGAGCGGAGACGAAGAUGCCAUCGACUGGGAUUAUCUUAACUUUGAGGCUAGCGAGAUACCUUUAUUGGGUUCCACCCUGGUAGACUCCUCUCUGGCCUACCAGUACGAGUCGCCCGACUCCAUGAUGCUUAACGAACUGCCUCCUCCCAGGAGCAAUACUGGAAUCAUCAAUACCCAUCACUCUACUCCGGCUUCCCCGAAAGGGCUUUUGUUGUCUGAACAAGCGUCCCACUAUAAAGACGAGUGCGCGGUGACUGGGUCGCAACAGUCUUAUUCUGAGCUUCUCGGUUGUAUUUCAAUGAGGGAUCCCAUCUCAAAGUUCACUGCCAAUAUAGUCAUGCAAACGCUUUGCGCUUUUCCUCAAAUGAUGCUCCGCCGAGAAACCUUCCCUCCAUUUAUCCACGGGCACUGGCAUUCCACUCAAUCUGGCUCGGCGGCUCCUCUCCCUAAGCCACUGGUAAGUUGUAUGGGGUUGGCUCAAAUAUUUGCCUCACACAAUGUCGACACUCGGCCCUUCCUCUGGGAAAAGAUCAGAGAGGAGCAACGGUCUUCAGCUGACAAGGCAUACCGACGGCAAUUCUCGAAGCAUGAUCAUCUCGCGGCCAUUCAAGCCCUUCUUAUCUAUAUCAUGAUGCGCGUUGUGGAUUGUUCAAAGACGGAUCUUGACCUCAACCUAGAAUUGUUGAUAACAUAUCAGGGUCUCUGUGAUAAUUUUAAAGAUGUGUGCAAAGAGCCAUUUUACCAGCACGAGCGAGCCCGUCUCAGUUCCAGCUGGGAAGAAUGGGUAUUUGCUGAGUCUAGAAGAAGGACAGCAAUCGUAUGGCUGUUGAUGACACAGAUGAUUCACAUCAAAAUAGGUGUGCCAUGUGAUUCAUUUCCAAGCUUCAGAGAUGUCCCGCUGUCCUCACCAAAAUCACUCUGGGAGGCGAGGACGCGAUCGCAGUGGGAGAAAGAAUACAGAAUUUACAAAGAUUCGCCGGUGAGAGGUCUGGACGUGUUUGGAGAUCUUUAUGAUGCUUGCAAGCACAAGCACGUUCGCGAAAACCAAUUAAAGCUCAAUUCUUGGAACUCCACUGUCGACAACUUAGGUAGUCUACUGAAUCUUGGUGCUGAAAUUAUAUAG